UCUCUUUGGCAUACGUCUAGUUUGAGGUUAUCCAUGGUGAUAACAUGCAAUUGACAAUUUUUGUCCCGGCAUUUCGUGAUGAUGAAAGAAAGAAUUAAGUGAAACUACUAUAAAAUGAGGACGCGUGUCAUUAAUUCCUUGAGGAAUCCACCAUUCCCAGUUUUAAAAGGUGGAUCCCUUCUUCGGCGUAAUUACUCGGCUGCAGGGGCGUCAGACGUUGAAGUUAACUUUGAUAAUAACAGAUCAGUCUUAAAAUUGGAAACGGGCAAGUAUGCUCGUCUGGCCGAUGGAUGUGCUGUGGCAGAGCUAGGAAAUACCUCUGUGAUGGUUACCGCUGUGAGCAGAACUAAACCAUCUACUGUUUCAUUCCUCCCUCUUACUGUAGACUACCGACAAAAAGCUGCAGCUGCUGGUAGAAUUCCAACAAAUUUCUUGCGGAGAGAACUCGGGGCGUCCGACCAAGAAAUCCUUGUCGGGCGGUUGAUUGAUAGAUCUCUCAGACCAUUAUUUCCGCGAGGUUUUAAUUAUGAGACUCAAAUUAUGUGCAAUCUCCUAGCUGUUGACAGUGCUCAUGAUCCAGAAGUGCUCAGCAUUAAUGCUGCAUCUGCAGCUUUGGCUGUUUCAGAUAUUCCUUGGAGCGGACCCAUCGGCGCUGUUAGAUUAGGCUUUAUAGACAAUGAAUUCAUUGUCAACCCAACAAGACGAGAAUUAGCUAAUAGUAUUUUAAAUUUAGUGGUAAGUGCCACUGCCAAAAAUCUUGUAGUAAUGAUUGAAGGAUCUGCCAAGUGUAUUCUUCAGCAAGAUCUUAUGAGCGCAGUCAAACUGGCAACAAGAGAAUGUCAAAAAAUAGUCAGCGCCAUCUCGAUGUUACAGCAAAUAGCAGGGAAAGAAAAAAGAACAUUUACUGUCCAAGCAAAACCCACAGAGGAAUUAGUGGAUAGCAUAAGAAUUUUAUGUGAGAUGCGAUUACGUCAAAUUUUGUCAGAUUUCUCUCUGGACAAACUAGAGCGUGACAAGGCUUUGCGGGAUUUGAAAGAUGAUGUCAUAGAUAAAACAUUGUCUCGCAAUGAAGACAUCAAAGGAGAAGUUGUUGCUGAAAUAUUUGAUGCCAUUUUCAAAGAGCUGUUUCGGAUGCUGAUUUUUGAUAGUGAAAGACGGUGUGAUGGUCGUGCUUUUAGUGAUUUACGAGAUAUUUCCUGCCGAACAGACUUAUACAAACCUCUUCAUGGCUCAGCAUUAUUCCAGCGAGGGCAGACGCAAGUCUUGUGCACUGUAGCCCUCGAUUCAAUUGAUAGCAGUUUGAAAUUAGAUCCUGUCUCAGCAAUUACCAGUGGCCUGAAGGAGAAAAAUUUUUUCCUUCACUAUGAAUUUCCUCCCUUCGCAACAAAAGAAAUCGGACGAGUUGGACCAGCACAGAGAAGAGAGUUGGGGCAUGGAGCCUUGGCAGAGAGGGGUCUACGCCCUGUUAUUCCAUCAGAUUUUCCUUUUGCCAUUCGAUUAACUUCCGAAGUUUUAGAGUCAAAUGGUUCUUCGUCUAUGGCAUCAGUUUGUGGAGGCAGUUUAGCUCUAAUGGACGCUGGAGUCCCAAUUGCUGCACCUGCUGCUGGUGUUGCAAUUGGACUUGUGAGCAGACCCUCAACAGAGAAACCAGAUGAAUUAGACUAUCGUAUACUCACCGAUAUUCUGGGAAUUGAAGACUAUCUUGGAGAUAUGGACUUCAAAAUUGCUGGUACCAAAAAAGGGAUUACUGCUCUGCAAGCAGACAUCAAGUUACCCGGAAUUCCCUUGAAAAUAGUAAUGGAAGCCAUCACUGCAGGUGUAGAAGCAAAAUCUAAAAUAAUUGGUAUCAUGAAUCGAGAAAUCAACCAACCUAGGUUGAAAAAAGAGAACUGGCCAGUGUCGGAAGCUCUAGAUAUCCCAGCUCACCAGAGAGGGAAAUUUGUUGGUGCUGGCGGCAUCAAUUUACGAAGGUUGAUGGCAGAAACAGGAGCUCAGGUAUCUAGUGAUGAGGAAGGCAACUUCACUAUUUUUGCGCCGAAUCAAGAUGCCAUGGCCGAAGGCAAGGAAUUUAUUUCUAAACUUUUAGAUGCCAGUUCUGAACCAACUUUAGAAUUUGGCUGUAUUUACACAGCCAAAAUUGUGGAAGUACGAGAGUCUGGAGUGAUGGUUACUCUAUAUAAUAACAUGCAUCCCGCUCUUUUACACAAUUCUCAACUAGAUCAUAGAAAGGUCAGCCAUCCAAGCGCAUUGGGCCUAGAAGUCGGUCAAGAAAUCCAAGUUAAGUAUUUUGGACGGGAUCCUGUUUCUGGUGUUAUGCGACUCUCGCGGAAAGUGAUCCAAGGACCGUCGACUGUUGUUCGUAAUUUAUCAUGAUUUAUUUUAAUCGUCACUGUAUCCACUACUGGUAUUUCUAAUGUUUUCAUAUAACUAAUUGUUUUCUUUUUGUAAAUAUUUUUUUAAAAAAUAGAAAACAAUUUAAACCUAUUA